CCACCAGCCGAUAGAGAAGACACUGCCCGACCGACGCUCGUCCCUCAUCUAAACAUAUGGCAAAAACGGCCCUCUUUCUUUCUUAUAUCGUUGUGCCCACUACUCUUUAAAAAUUCCGCCGAAAAAGAGAAGACGAUUUUCCAAAACAUUCUGGCCGUUAUCUCACGGCUCCCCUGUCUUUGCACAGGUGUAUGAGCGCUACCCAGAGGGCCUAGGGGCAGCUCUUUACCGGGAGCACUUUGACUUCAACGCUGAGCCACCUUGGGAUCCUAGCUGAUAGCGGGACAGGUCCAUCUCCUGACUUGUCCAUUUUGUUGCAUACCGGCAGGACCCCAUUGGCUCAGUCGUGACCCCUUGACUUGUUUAUCUGUUCUUUAUGAUUGUCGGCUUAGCGGAAUACGGUUGAGAUGAAAGGACUCGCUGACACACCCAGCUACAUCAUUGAACUCCUGGAGGGAGGAGUGACCCUUGAAGAUGUCAUUGACGGACACAUCUGUGAACAGGCUCUGGUGGAAAAGAGUGCGUUUGUGGUGGGCGACCUUGGUGCCCUGAUGCGACAGCAUGCGUGCUGGCAGAGCGUGGUGCCACAGCUGCAGCCCUACUACCCAGUCAAGUGCAAUAGCAGCCCUGCAGUAAUCCAGGUGCUGGCCUCCUUGGGCCUGGGCUUCGUUUGCACCAACAAGGCUGAAAUGAACCUGGUGCUGGAGCAUGGCGUGCCACCAGAAAACAUCAUUCUGUCAGGUGUUUGCAAGCAGCUGGCACACAUCAAGCACGCAGCCAAGAACAACAUCCAGCAUCUUGUGUGCGAAAACGAAGCAGAGUUGUCCAAGAUUUCCCGUUCACACCCUGGUGCAAAGUUGCUGCUGCAGUUGACCACCGAGGCCCACGCGGCUGAGACCAGCAUGGCCUUCGGCUCCUCUCUGAAGAGCUGUCGGCACCUGCUGGAGGCAGCCAUGGAGCUAGGAGUCCAGGUGGUGGGGGUGACCUUCCACGUCCCCAGCUCCUGCCAAGACCUACAGCAGGCUUACACCCAUGCGCUGUCAGAUGCUCGCUGUGUGUUUGACAUGGGGGUGGAUCUGGGCUUUAACAUGAACAUCCUGGACAUUGGUGGUGGAUUUACUGGCUCAGAGUUUCAGCUCAAGCAGGUUGAGUCUGCGUUCAGGCCGCUGCUGGACGCUUACUUCCCCCCACUGUCUGGUGUGCAAGUGUUGGCUCAGCCAGGCACCUUCUACGUGGCCUCAGCUUUUAGCCUGGCUGUCAACGUGAUUGGCAAAAAGGUGGUGACCCGCCACUGGGACAGCCUAACACAAGGUGAAAACAACGAGGAUACUGAGUUCCUGUACUACAUGAAUGAGGGUGUUUAUGGCCCAUUUAGCCGCAAGCUCCUGGGAAACUCUGUCGCUGCCCCGUCAGUGCACAAGCAUGCGCUCUGUGCUGGGGAGACGGUGUAUCCCAGCAGCCUGUGGGGCCCGUCACUGGACCAGCUGGACCAGGUGGUGGAGCGCUGCCUGUUGCCUGAGCUCAGUGUGGGAGACUGGCUUCUCUUCUCCAACAUGGGAGCUUGCUGCUUGGAGGAGUCCACCUGCCUCUCCAGCUCCCCCCAGCUGCCCAUCUACUACACUGUCUCCACCUCUGACUGGUACGAAAUGCAGGAGGCCGGUGUGGCACUGGACAGUGACCUGAAGAAUUUCUCCAUGGUCCAGUACAGUGUGUAACUGCCCUUUGCCCCUGUCCCAUUUUACAUUGCACAGAUCCACCUUAGCCUCUCCUUUCACCGUGUGAGCAGAGGGGUCAGCGUUGUAUUUGGGACUAGGGGCUAAAUGUGGUCAACAUUCCAGCCACCUUUGGAAAAUGCAGUGUCCUAUUAUUUCUUCAAGGAAUUUGACUUUUUUUUUUUAACCUCCAGAAAUGGGAAACAAUUGGUUAUUUGAUACCUCAAUUGUCCAAAAUCUUAUCUGGAAGAUAAUCUUCUUAUUUUUGCUCCUCCCUCUGAUGGAAUCAGAAAAAUCUGUCAGCUAAAAGAACUCCAGCCCAAGCUCAAAUGACAUUAUGCAACAAAAUGGAUGACUCUUUGGAGAUGGGACCCCCCCCCCAACAUGUUUGGGGUGGUUUGUUUCCUAAAUAAAAUAAAAUCCAGUUUACAAAAUGUACAAUUGAUUUAAAUCCUGAUCUCUAUUGAUUACAUGUUGACAGUCUUGUAAAUCCUGUAUCUGUUCAACACACAUACAUUUUGUCUGUAGAUGAUUUUUGAAGUGUUUGAAAGAAUCGCUGCCUUGUGUGGAUUCUGUACUUCAGACCUCUCACUUUGCAGAGUUUAAAUGAAAUUAUGACGAUGUAACCUAUUUCUUUAUUGCAGUUCACCUCAAUGCAUUUUUAUUUAUUGGAUUCAGAUAUAACUGGGGCAUAUUUAAAGCUCCAUCUUUAAGUGUGUUUUGCCCAGUUAUUAUGCUGUGGCCCAUCUAACAGUGUUUUCCUCAUAAGACAUCAAUGUGUUUUUCUUUUUUUGUUUUUUUUUUUUGUUUAGUUUUUUUUUUUUUUUAACGCUACAUGGAUAUAAGUGUGCUGUGAUUGCCAUUUGUGACCUCAGUGGUUUCCCUUUACUCGAAAGGCUUGAAGGAAUUGCUAUGGGAGAUUCUCUUUACACUGAGCUAGAGCUUGAAUACAGAGAAGCUGCAUACACCCAAACGCACUCCUUGCCUCUAAUAGAGAGAGGUUGAUCUGGUUUAAAAUGCACAAAAUCUUUUGUAGGUUAAAGAAAUACUGUGACAUUUAGCAACGCAGCCCUAAUUUCUGUAGAUGUCUCUUGCCAAGGGACUGGUCCUUGUUCUCCCAGGAUCUGAAAAACCAGCAAAAGAUCUUUUUCUUAAGCAUGCUCAAACAUAUGGUAUGGUAUGUGGAGGGUAUAGACUUAAAUGUCUAUAUCUCUAAAGUUGAAGACAUGCUAGUUGUACACACACCUCUCUGAGGCAGUGCAAAUGACUAAUAAAAUGCCAGGCUUUUCCUCAUGCCUCUCUAAAGUUAUGAGGGACUUAUUGCACAGUUUCACUGUACAGCUAAAUCUCUCUUGUCAAAUAAUAUUAAAGGUGACCUGACAUAACUGCAGUUUUUAAACAAUCCUGCCCUCGUGUUAAAAAUGACUAAUGUAUUAAUUACUUGCUUGUCUAAGGCACUAAUGGACCAUAGCCUGUUUUGACUGUAAAUUGUGCUUGUUAAAGUAAUGAAAGUGAUUAAUUUAAUACAUUUCUGACUGAAAUCA